CAGCUGUUCAUGAGAGGAAGAGGAACGCGAGUUAAUUAUUCCUUUUUUUGGCCUCCUACAGGUGGAUAAGGCCGAGUGUGGCCAUCCAUCAGCAAAAUGUUCAGCACCCAUGAGUCCAAUCGUGAAGCAUUUCUCGAGGCAACCAGGGAAGCUAGAGAGGAGCGGGCUGCGGAGCGAAGGCGCGAUGAAGCCGCCGUCACCAUUCAGGCUGCUAUACGGGGCUGGCUCGUGCGUUGCAGCGUGGAAAAGAAAACAAGAGAGCAUUUUGAUGAAGUCUUUGGCACAGAACCAUUGCCUGCUGACCAGACAAGUACACUCCCUGUUGCCACUGAAGCAUUUAAAGAAGCUGCAAGAUUUGUGAAGAUAUUUGAUCUUAAAAAAGACAAGAAAAGAUUUGAGAUUUUUACAAGAUACCUUUUGGCAAGUAUGGAUAGUGAAAAUGUGAAGCAAAGCUAUGUGUCGUGUGGGAUGAACAAAGAACUUACCUUGCACUGGAUUCAGCACAUGAAGGAUGUUCUGCAUAUAACAUGUAAAGUGUUAGAGAGUUUACAGGCAGAUGUGUCAUCAGACAAUCGUUUGAUAUCACUCUACCUGCACCUCCUCCUUGCCUUCACGGCCACCAACACUUGGCGUAUUAUUCGUGCACCCAACCUCGAACCACUACGGCCGGCUCUCAAUAAACUGACAGAAAAUAUAAUGGGGGACUUGGUGUGCAGAGGCCUUUACACAACCCUCAAUUGUGUACUCGUACGUGGAUUAUGCAGAGGAAAAGCAGCGCUGAGGGGUCCAGCCAUUACAACAAUUGUGACACUAUCCAUGCGGCCUUUGAUAGCUACCAACUAUUCAGAUAAACUACUCUCACUUACUACCAUUCACAUACUGAGUGUCCCUGCCUUGGUUCACCAUCUAGUUCUUCUGGCACCUGAGGCUCUGAAGAUGAUACAGAAUAGUAACUUGUUUGCAAGAGCAGUUGAAUUCAUGCAAAGUGAGCAGAAUCUGCGCAUUGUCUUCAACACCCUGGAGGGCCCCUAUGCCUUGUGUCUUUUGGCCAACCUUGUGCAUAUGGGUUAUGAAGAGAGAGAUGGUGCCUUACAAGAAUUGGCUUUCCCGCAAUUCAAUUUUGUAGUAACGAAGCUGUUAGAAAAAUGCCGAGAAUAUGUGACGACCAAACAGAGCAGCCUGACGCAGUGGCACCCAGUGCUUGGUUGGUUCUCCCGCCCCCUUGAUCAACAUCUGAAUGACGCGCUGUCCACUGUCAAGACGCAGUUACAGCUUCUGUGGUCAGGCCCUGUUAUCAGGGUUAUGUUCUCUACACUCACAGAAUUAGUCAAAGAUCAGGAACCCCUAAUAAGUGACAGCAAUGAUGUAUCAGGGCUUUCCCUGACUUCCACCACCUCCUCCUUGAGCUCCAUAACCUCUGCAAGUCUCCUGAAGAAAGCUUUUGAAUGCAAACUCAGCUCCGCAAGCAAAAACAGUCCCCUGGGUAGUGGAGGAAUGCCCAAAAGUGGGACUUACCGUAAGCUGGGCUCGAAUGAGAUCUCAACAGUCGCCAUGGUGUGCUCCAUGUACCAUACUGCAACCACUACACUGUCUCAGCUGCGCAUGGAUAUCCUAACAGGUUUAUGCUACAAGAGUGACAUAGUCAUCCACCUGUGGAUGAUACUUCUCUCUCUUGGUCCUACGUGUGGAUUAAAGAGCUUCUUGGAUCUGCUGUCUGUGUCAACCAAAGCAUCUGCCCCAGAAUUCCACAUGCUCAUGCUUUUCUGUGACGCAACCACCCACCUAGUGACGAUCUUGGAUGACAUGGAGAUGUACGAGAAGCAGAAACCCUUCAGUGUUGCUGAUUAUGCUGCAAUGGCAUAUUUUCUCAACAACUUCAUAUAUAAAUUGAUCCACAAUGGCCUUGUGGAUGUUCGGAACGUGAAGAACAGUCCCCUGUUCUCUUCCCUCCACACCUUGUUCAUGCUGCUGUACACUCGCAAUUCACGCAGAAGAUAUGUCCCAAAUACGCAUUGGUUGAUCAAGGAGGUGCGAGUAUCAUCGUUCAUGGCAGAUUUUGGACGGGGGAAAAAAAGCACGCAGGUACUACUGCAAGAGAUGCCACACAUAAUUCCUCAUGAAGAACGUGUGCUCUUGUUGCGAAUGCAGGUUGCAAAUGAAAAAGAAGUACUGGGACUAACUGAAGCUGCAUGCGCUGCUCCACAGUCAACACUCAUUACAGUACGAAGGUCUCGUCUUGUUGAGGACGGGUACAGACAGUUGGCUUCACUGUCGCCUCAAGCUCUUAAGGGGUUAAUACGAGUCCGUUUCAUCAAUGAGCAGGGCUUAGAUGAGGCAGGAAUUGAUCAGGAUGGUGUGUUUAAAGAAUUUCUGGAGGAGACCCUAAAGAGGGUGUUCGAUCCUUCACUGAACUUGUUCCGUCUAACAAGUGAGGAGCGGCUGUACCCAUCCCCUACAUCAUCAAUGACAGAAAAUCAUCUGCAGUUGUUUGAAUUCACUGGCAAGAUGUUGGGCAAGGCUGUGUACGAGGGCAUUGUCAUUGACUGUCCCUUUGCAUCAUUUUUCUUGAGCCAAAUCCUUGGUGAACAGCAGUCUGCCUUGUACUCCUCCAUUGAUGAACUACCAUCACUAGACCCUGAGCUUUACAAGUCACUGACCUAUAUAAAGCACUAUGAAGGAGAUGUGAGUGACCUUGACCUCACCUUCUCCUACGAUGAGGAUUACCUCGGCCAGAUUAUCACUCAUGAACUUCGACCAGGGGGCAAAGCAGUGUCAGUGACCAAUGACAACAAAAUUGUCUACAUCCACCUCAUGGCCCACUUCAAGAUGCACACCCAGAUCAAGGAGCAAACCAAGGCUUUCAUCCGGGGAUUCCGGUCCAUUGUCAACCCUGAGUGGUUGGGCUUGUUCUCAGUGCCAGAGUUCCAGCGAUUGAUUUCGGGAGACAAUGUGGCUGUAGACCUGAAGGACCUCCGGCGUCACACGCAGUACUAUGGCGGCUUCCAUGACAAGCACCGCGUUGUGUGCUGGCUGUGGGACAUCUUAGAGCAGGACUUCAAGGAAGAGGAGAGAGCACUUUUUCUCAAGUUUGUGACCAGCUGCUCAAAGCCUCCACUUCUUGGGUUCACACACCUGGAGCCGCCCUUCUCAAUCCGCUGUGUGGAGGUUGGUGAUGAUGAGGAUACAGGGGACACCAUUGGCAGUGUCAUCCGUGGCUUCUUUGCCAUACGCAAACGCGACCCAGUAAAUCGCCUGCCAACUUCCUCCACCUGCUUCAACCUGCUGAAGCUACCCAACUACCAGCGUAAAAGUACACUGAGAGAGAAGUUGAGAUAUGCCAUUACUAGCAACACUGGUUUUGAACUCUCGUAAAAAAUCAUUGUGCUAAAAAAGAAAAGUUCAAAUUAAAUUUUAGUGCAGUGUAUGCAAUUAUCAGCCUGCUAAAUAAAAGAUACAUUUCUUGUGUUAGUUAAUUGAUUAUCAUGUGAGAAAUCACAUGGUAUUAAUGGC